CGCUCAGCGUUGACAUCACUGCAACACCGCUAACAUAUAAACAACUCGUCACAAAUCAAUGGUCGCAUCACUUUCAGACACUGUGGACAUGUAAAGAAGAUAUUUUAUCACAUAACCCAUGAAAAAGAAAGUUCUGCAGAGCUUGUCACGUUUAAAUAACGCUAAACGAUUCCGUGGCCGUUUUGUUUUAAGUGGAAACAACAACAUGGACUCAUUUGAAGACUUCGACGUUUUUCUGAAGAAUGUCGACAAUAUAAGCAAUCUUGUGAAGGAUCUAAACUCAUCCGAUGUGGAAGUACAGCAGAGAGCCAUCGAGAAAGCAGACCGCCACAUUGCAGCCUUGGAUGGAUCCUGCAGGACAAAAGUCAACAAGACCACAAUCAACACAAACGCACCAACCAAGGCUCCACUGAAUACGCAGACUGAAAGUGCAGAGGACUUCAUGAAGAUUAUGGAGAGGGACGCGGAAGACAGGAGGAAGAGGAGGAUUGCUCAAGAGAAAAAGGCCACUGUGUUAAAGGACAAAGGGAAUCAAGCCUAUGCCCAAGGAGAGUAUGAGACCGCUGUGAAUUAUUACAGUGAAGGCUUGGCGGAGCUACGCGACAUGCAGCAGCUGUAUACCAACAGAGCACAAGCUUACAUCAAGCUGCAAAAACACAAGGAGGCCAUCAGUGACUGUGAAUGGGCCCUGAAGUGUAACGAAAAAUGCACAAAGGCUUACCUCCACAUGGGAAAAGCACAUCUUGCACUGAAGAACUACAAUGACUGCAGAACGUGCUUUGAAAAGAUGGCCAAACUUGAACCACAGAUGGAGAACCUAGCAAAAGAAUACCUAACCAAGGCGGAGCUGGAUGAGAGAAAGGAGAGUCAAGAAAUGAGUGCGAUACAAGACUUUGACAAUGGAGUGGAGAAGGCCAAACUGGUCCCUCAACUUCUGGAGAAGCUGUCGAAGCCUGGGCAGAUGCUGCUCUACUACUGCGGAAUAUUGGAGAUUCUGUGCCAAGCAGUAAAUGACUGCACUGGCCAGACGCUUUUCAGGCUGCACAAUGGCUUCAACGCCAUCGACAGCAAUGGCACCGUGAGGAGUUGCCUGUUGCAGGAAACAAAGGACCUGUGCAGCCAGGACUUGUGUGUAUCUGUUCUUAAAGUAUGGGGAAUCAUUUGCAGCGGAAAUGAGGAAAACCAGAAGAUGUUGAUGACACGUCCAGCGUUCAAAGAGUUUCUUGUUCCCUUGGUCUCAUCCGAUCACGCCGCAAUACGGAAGGAAUGCUUGGACUUGUGCCAUUUGUACUCGCAGACGGACUAUGGCAGACGUCUACUCAUUGACAACUUGGAUGUUCCCCUGUUAACGAGGAGCCUCAUGGCUGGCAUCUCCGAGCCAGAGCAGCAAUGGGACAGACUUCUCAUUUUGCAGAACUUGGUGACAGAUAAGAAAUUCUGCCGCCAGCUAAGGAAUGCGCUGAAGGACUCGGUCGUUGUGCAAUUUACAGCAAUAAUAAGCAAAAUCAGCGAGUCCAAUCGACAUGUUCUGCCCACACUGAUAUCAGCUAUUGGCAAUCUGAUUGGAGACGACGUCAUCCGUCACGCUCUUGCUCAUGAUGCAGAGUGUUGGACGGCCUUCCUGCAUGCCAUUAAGCAAUGCAUGGCUUGCAGCUAUAAGGAGAUUCUUUAUCCUCUGCUUGGGUUGAUCAUCAACCUUUCAGCUGUGACCUCACCUGUCAUUCAGGAACAUGCAGUCUGGCUGUGUGGAUAUUGCCUGGACCUGCUGAAGGAUGACGACGGAGGCGUUGUAACUAGAGCUAUGGGUGUGUUGAGCACCGUCCUCCCUCAGUCCUCCGAGGCUGUUAAUCAUGUUAUUCAGCGACAUGUGGUGAAGAUGGUGCGGCGGCGGCUAAAGCGAACAGACCUGACUGCUACUAAGUACGCCAUAAAGAUUCUGACGGUGUGCACGGCUGCCAGCUACUUGGCCCGGGAGGAGCUGGUGAAGUCUGACAGAACACUAUUUGUUCUCCGUCAAUUGCUGAGCUCUAGCUGUGAUGAGAUGGUGUCAGGAAAUGCAGCCCUUUGCCUGGCCCAUUGCCUCGAGUUAAAAGAUAUUGCCAGCAACCUGCUGGGCACUGAUAUCGUACUUCAGCUGCUUCGCCACGCUGCAGGAGAUGCUAAGAGGACAGCUGUGCAGCAAAAUGCAGCCAUUGCUCUGGGGAAGCUGUGUCAAUCGGAGCCCAGACAUGUGAGCAAACUCCGAGAUCUACAUGGCUUUGAGAUCCUGCACUCCUGUAUGAAGCUCAUCAAAUAAUGAUAAGGAUGGCAGUGACAAGCACGUUCCACCUCACGCACGGCCACGUCAAUUCAGGAAGAGGUGGAGUACUGCAGCGCCUCUGCUUAUGACAUUUCUGUGUAUUUAAUAUGCCGAUGAACACAUCAUCACAUUAGAUCAUCAACUCUUUGCCCCUGAGAACUACCAAUAUCAGAGCGAUGACCCGGUGAGCGGGACAGUUUUGGUCCCAGGCUGGGAUCUCACUGCCUAGCUCACUGCCCUCCCCCCACCUUCCAGGCACUACUCUACUCAUGAUUGGGCAUGGGACACGGGCUCAGGCUUGAGCACCCUGUAGUUGGCCGCCUUUGAUGAGGGUGACUCGUGUUGAAAGGCAGAAACACCCACUGGUUCAAAGGUACUCUACUAAUGAUGUGUCCCAAAAUUUACAUCCCACGGCUGAGAAGUUCCCACGCCACUCUCAUCAAGUCAAUCCACCGAGUCCUGUGUAUUUACAAACUCAAUUCCGGACAUGUGAACAGGAAGUGACAUCAGGGGUUCGGAGUUGAGUUUUAGCUGGAUUGUGGCCACAACAGUAGCUUGUGUUAGUAUUAUAAUCAUGAUGUUAUUAUCAUUGUGCCUGUUGUGAGAUAAUUCAA